UAGGAACGUAAAAAGUAUAAUAAAUUUGGAUGGAGUUUACCAUAUAAUUUUGAAUAUUCUGAAUAUGAUAUGUGUCAACAAAUAAUUGCUAUAUUUUUGAAAAAAAGUAAGCCAGAUGAAAUACCUUGGACUUCAUUAAAGUAUCUAAUCGGUGAAAUCAUAUAUGGAGGAAAAGUGAUCGAUAGCUAUGAUCGCAGAAUUCUCUUGACAUACGUGGAUGAAUAUUUUGGUGAUUUUAUAUACAGUUCUUAUCAGCCGUUCAGCUUUUACAAUUGCAAAGAUUGUUAUAAGGCGGUAAAAUAUAAAGAGGUAGAAAGAAAAUUAUUUGAAAAUAAUGAACACAAUUUGAUAGAAGCAGUUAAUGAAUUGCCAAUGUCUAUUAACCCAACCGUUUGUGGAUUAAAUCCAAAUGUUUUGUUUGGAUAUCACAAUAAUUUGGUUGACAUUUUGUGGGCGGAUAUGAUAAAGUUGUAUCCAAGUGCUGAUACAAUUGAUGAUAAAAAUACUGAUUGGGAUAAAGUUGUACAAAAUACUAUUGAAGACAUUUUAAAAUCAUUGCCUGAACUUUAUAAUUUAAAUAAGGUGAAAAUGUUUUACGGAGAUAAAUGUUUUUCUCCUAAUAUUAUAGUUUUACUUCACGAACUCGAGAAAAUUAAUGCGUUAUUAUCCGUAAUAAGAAACACCCUAUCACAACUCUCAAAGGUAUUUCUGGGAAAAGUGGAAAUGAAUACGAUGUUAGAAGAAGUUUCAAUGUGUUUAUACGCUGGUCGUGUCCCAGAUUGCUGGAGUAAAUUAUCACCACAGACAGUUAAAUCAUUGCCAUGUUAUAUUGAACACCUUACGAAACGUACACUUCAAUAUUCCAACUGGAGCCAAAUCAGAGAACCUUUGGUCAUGUGGCUAUCAGGGUUACACUCACCGAAAUCGUAUCUAACAUCUUUAAUACAACUGGCAUGUAGAAAAUAUGGUUGGUCAAUUGAACACAGUAUGUUUUAUACAUCUGUUACUCAAUGGACUUGUGAAAGUGAAGUUCAGCGAGAACCAGAUGCCGGUUGUUACAUAACCGGAUUAUAUUUAGAGGGUGCACGUUGGGAUAUGAAUAAACAAUGCUUGACAGAAUGUACGUUUCACAAUACGCUUGAAAAUUUGCCAAUUUUGGCUAUUAUUCCUAUUGAAACUCGCCUGCUAAAAUUACCUAAGAGUUCAAUUACCAUACCAGUAUACGUGACUUCGAAACGAGGUCAUUUGAUGGACGAUAAUUGUGUAUUCCAAGCCAAUUUAAAUACAUUGGUGCAUAAGAGCUUUUGGAUUUUACGAGGAGUUUGUGUUGUUAUGAAUACUGAUUAAUUAUUUACUAUUAUCAAUAACAUAGAUUGUUUAUUAUUUUUUU